AUGUCUGAUCCGAGCAUCCGAGAAGAGGUAGUUUUACUUUUCUUUACUUCCUGUACUCACCAUAAGCUAAAGAUCGCACAGCAGCAAUAUCGACACUCAGAACUCGGUCACUCGUCCUUCUUCUAUGACCAAUUCAACAAUGCCUAUCCCGUUGGAGCCGAAUGGGAGCUCCCAAACUUAGAUACGGCCACGUGGUCGAGCUCGGCACAAACACUAUCGCCAGAUUCAGUAUCUUCUCAGGACCACUGUAGCCCAACAAUAUUCGACUCGGGGAACCCAUUUGAAGUAAACUACCAAGAGCCCCAUCUGGGCCCGUCGCCUACUGUUUUAUUCGUCAAAAACGAAAUGUAUGGUGAUUCGCCACUCGUCUACCCCGUAGCCGAAUCUGGUAGAUUAUCUGGGUCGACAGAAAAUGACGAUUGGAAGAGUUUACAGUCUACCUCGUAUAUGGAACAGCAGAUGCCCACGAGAAAGGCUGAGGAAGUUUUAUCGAAUAUGCCCGUGUCAAAUCCACCGCAAAUUUCACAAUCGAACCACCAAGCUAAACCAGAAACCAGACCAACUCGAACGACUAGAUCAUCCAAAAAGGGAAACGCUGCCAGUCCGGCACCCAAGCGCAACAAAACCACACAUCAACCCACGAGGUCGACUAAGCCUCAUCCUUCUCCUCCUGCCUUGAUUGAUACAAGAAGGGAUUCGUCCAGUUAUGCCGAUUCUAUCGGUCGAAUGAACCACAAUCUGAUAGAGAGGAAAUAUCGGAAUCGAUUGAAUCAACAAUUCGACACCCUUCUUUCUGUUCUGCCAGUUGGCGCUACUUUGAAAACUGGCGAAGAAGAGUCCUCGGCGAAAAGAAUCAGCAAGGCCGAAGUUCUGAUUCUAGCAAAGGAACGAAUCGAAAGUCUAGAAAAGGAGAAGGCCGAGCUCAAUGACGAGAGGUGUAAGCUGAAAAGGAGCCUAGAUGAGUUGAAGAUGGAUUGUGAUGGAAGCGAUUAG